AUGGCUCCGACUACUCAGAAAGCUCUGCUCCUCCCGAAGAAGCAAGGCCAGUGGAUUGUCGGCGAACGGCCCGUGCCUAUCCCUGGCCCGAAGGACGUACUCAUCAAGAUCACUGCCGCCGCGCUCAACCCUGUCGACUGGAAAAUCCAGGCGCUCGGCUUCGUCAUAGAGAACUACCCUUGGGUAGGUGGCCAGGAUGGCGCCGGGAUCAUUGAGGAGAUUGGUUCGGAAGUAACGAACGUCGCGAAAGGAGACACAGUUUUCUUUCAAGGGUGGCCCCUCGAGAAUACGAAGGCGACUUUUCAGCAAUAUGCCGCCGUCGCUGCCGAGAUCGUCGCAAAGGUCCCGAAGAACGUCACCAUUGAUCAGGCGGCUUCGAUUCCCCUCGGCCUUGCUACUGUCGCUACAGGUCUUUGGGGUCAGCACCCGCAGGCCAAGAGCGCUGGCUUCCCCGCGCCCUGGGAAGAGGGCGGUGCCAUCAAGUUCGCCGGAAAGCCCAUCCUGAUCAUCGGCGGUUCAUCGUCCGUUGGCCAGUAUGCCAUUCAGCUCGCGAAGCUAUCCGGGUUCUCACCUAUCAUCACAACUUCCUCGCUCCGCCACGAGGAGUACCUCAAAUCUCUGGGCGCAACGCAUGUCCUCGAACGCACGCUCACGUCCUCUUCCAUCGAAGCUGAGGUUUCCAAGCUCGUGGGCGGAAAGCCGGUCGAACUAGUCUACGACGCGAUCUCGCACGCGGACACGCAGCAGCUCGCGUACGGCAUCCUCGCGCCCGGCGGGCACCUCAUCAUCGUCCUCCCCGACUUGGUCCCUGCUGAGAAGAAGAAUUCGGGAGACAACAAGACGGUCGUGAGCGUGGCUGGGAGCGUACAGAUGCCGGAGAACAGGGCGCUCGGGGUCGCGCUGUACAGCCGGCUUACGGAGUGGCUCGAGACGGGGAAAUUAGUGCCCAACCGCGUCGAGGUGCUUCCUGGCGGCCUCGUUGGCAUCAUCGAUGGGCUCGAGCGCAUGAAGAAGGACCUGGUGAGCGGGACGAAGCUUAUCGCCCAUCCACAAGAGACGCCCUGA